GCCCUCACUAAAAAUGGCGGCGCUUUCUUCAGCGCCCACGUCAAUUUCCGUUGUAGUCGCCCUUGUGAAAGUGAAGCCACGGCGCCAGCACUUGCUGCUGUGUAACCUAUGAACUCCCGAGUGUGCCAGCCCUCCGCCAUAUUGACUGUUGUCUUGACUGGAGGAGAGAGGGAACAUUUGAGGUCCGACAAUAACCGAAAAGUGUGCUCUCGAAAUCCCCGAAACUGGUGCAAAACUUGGCCCGAAAGCGUAACCGCGGACCCCUAUCGCGAUGGCGAGGAAGAAAAGCAAGCAACAAGGCGUCGCUCAGAAGGAGCUUGUACCUGGGCAGCAGACCGUACCCAAGAACCCAGUCUCUCCCGGCGAUGCAACUGGCGGCGGGGAUGCUGGACUGGAUAGGCUGACCGCCUCCACCAGGGCGAACCAGCCAAUGCACACCUGCUGCCUCCUGUGCCACCGCGAAUUUAAGGACUGGGGGGCAAACUCUGUCAACGGACUCCCCGGUGGCCACGGCACCAAGCUGGCCGACGCCGUGCCCGCUCUCUCCCAGGCUUUAUUGCGGGAGGCGCCAGGGCGCAAGCUGGCCGAUUCGGUGCCCUCGCUGUCCCAGUCCCUGCUGGGUGAAGUGCCUCUGUGGAUCUGUCAGAGCUGCUGCAAGAGUGUGGAGGAGGAAGAGAGACGGAGCACCCAGGAGCAGCCAACACCGGUACCAUUGUCACACUCUUCCUCUUGUAAGUCCCAGAACUGUGGGAAUGGUUACCCAGAGCAAAGUACUGUGGAUUGGGACCCAAGCUCAUUCCUGUCAGCCCACAAACUGUCAGGACUGUGGAACUCAGCUCAUGGGGGGGAACACUGCAACCAUGGCGCCUCUUUACACUCACAACAAGGUUUAUUAACGGGAGCAGUCUGCCACGAGAAAAGAGGACUCCACGAAGCACCCGGAAAGUCUGCUAAAACGUCGGUAGCCAAAGUGUGUCCCUACAGUCAUCCGUCAACCCAGAAUUCCAGCGGCUCAUCUGCUGGCAACCCCCUCUCUACCUCAGCGGACCUGUGCAAGACCACUCCCAAGCAUUUCAAGACUAUGUGCCGUCGACCAACGCCACCAGGUGAAGCCUUCCACGCCAGCGACCAUCAUCAACACACAGACUUGUCGGUACCCCCCAACAGUCCCACGGGCCUGUCUUCCCAACAUUCCUCCCUCCUGCCCCCAAAAUCGAGUUCGGGACAACACAACCACGUAACCUCUUCAUCCCCCUCCGGUGUCACAGCUCAUAGCCCUUUCUCUCCUCUGGUACCAAACCUCCACGGGUCAACCGCUAAAAUGGCUUCUUCCAAUUCAGACAGCCCAACGUCAGUUCACAAGCCCACUCCGUGCAAAAACUCCCACAUUCCUGCUGUGAACACUCAACACGGCAAAUCGGGCCCACCGGUGGCAGGCUGUAACCACCCUUGUAAUGGACACAGUACGGGAACCGCGGCCUCUACCAAUGUAGGCAGUUUGUCGACUGGGGCCUGCAGGGACCAGGCUUGUAAGGGGCACAAAAUGACAAACGGGACGCUGUGUCACCCGUCACCAGAGCUGGAGGAGGUGGAGGAUGAAGACAGCAGCUCUGAGAGGAGCUCCUGCGCCUCCUCUUCCACCAACCAGAAGGACGGAAAGUACUGCGACUGCUGUUACUGCGAGUUCUUCGGACACAACGCGCCUCCAGCUGCUCCAACCAGUCGAAACUAUGCUGAGAUCCGAGAGAAGCUCCGGUCGCGACUGACCCGACGUAAGGAGGAGCUGCCUCAGCGUCAGGACUCUGAGCUGACAGUGGCUGGUGCUAUUGACAACCGUGAUGUGGACGAGUUGUUGGACUUCAUCAACAGUUCAGAGCCCAAACCUGUUAACAGCGCUAAAGCAGCUAAAAGGGCUCGGCACAAACAAAAAAAGAAGGAAAAAGCUCUACAGGGCAACAUGGGUGCUGCAGGCAGUGAUCCCCUCUCCAAUCCAUCAGAGUCCACGGACGAGCCCAUGUCUGACACUUCAGAGGCUUCACGGUUACUGGACUGGCCACAGCUGGAACUUGAGCGAGUCAACAGUUUCCUCACCAGUCGACUGGAAGAGAUUAAAAACACCAUCAAAGACUCGAUUCGGGCCUCAUUUAGCAUGUACGACCUCAAUCUAGAUGUCAAUGAUUUCCCAAAAAAGGCAGCUACGCUGGAAGGCAACCAUUUACUGUCUCAUCUCAACGGGUCUUCCGAUUUGCAGCAGAUAGACCUUGACUUAGCCCCUCUUUCGCUGGGAACCUUUAGGAACCAUCUGGACCUGGUCAAUGGAUGGGAGGACACCAACACAUCCCCAGAUACCACCACCGUCACAUCUGGAGGGGUCACAGGCGGGUCUAAGGACAUCCAGCGCUUGAACACUACGCCAAGUCUCUCCAAGCUCAUUCGGGUGCGCUCCCCGGAAAAAUGCACUUCCUCUGGAUGUGACAGUUUGUUACAAGUAUCCAACCAAGGAACAGUUACAACAAAGGAGGACAUUGCCGAUCCUAAAACCAGCACAGUCGGAAAUGCUGGUACAAAGUCAAAGAAGAGUAAAAAGCAGCAACAGCCAAAACAGGAGCAAUCUGUUUCGGAGCACAAUCCAAAAGUCAGUGAGUCAAGGGUGUCCGAAAUCAUUCGGAAUGCCUCAAAAGCAGCGCUCAAACAGCUCCAGCAGUCGCCUGACAGCCAGAGGAACGGCUUGAAAAAAACUGACGAGAACAGACCAUCCAGAAAUGCAGCCACUGCUGCAAACGGGGGCCCCCCAAAUGUGCACAAAGUUAAAAGUGACCCUGAGAUACGUUCAAGCAGAUGUGAGCAGGAUCCCGAGAGCAAAGCUCAUCCCAGCAUUGCGGCAAAUGUGCAGCAGCAGGUGCAAUCCAAGGCGAAAAGUAAGAAGAACAAGAACAAGGGGGAAAAAUCCACUAGUGCUAUCGAUGAUGUAUUUCUGCCAAAAGAUGUGGAUCCAAAAGAAAUGGAUGAAAUUGAUCGGGAAGUGGAAUACUUCAAAAGGUUCUGCCUCGAUUCGGCAAAACAAACCCGCCAGAAGGUAGCAGUGAAUUGGUCCAACUUCAGCCUCAAAAAAGUCCCCUCCAAUGCAGCUCAAUAGCUCGGCCCAGCGCCAGCAAAUACAUCUUCCACCACCACAAACUCUUUCAGUAGAGCUGUUUGAUCCGAGGCCUUUCUCUCUUUCGCCGAGUUGAAGGACCUCGCUCACGACAUCACGCUGGUUUAAGACUCCAACCAGUCCAACUGGUGGCCUGUUCGCCAGGGAUCAAUAUCAAGGCCAGCUAUCCCAUUUUUUGCUACUAUUACAUUGUUCACUAAAUGACCGGAAACAAGUUUGAUCCACUGCAUCCAUGUGCUGACGUAUGUAGUAUGUAAACAUUUACCUUACAUGAAAUAAAUGUUUUUAUCAGAAA